AUGCAAGUGCGUCGUCUGCGCCAUGAUUUCUCUUAUGGAAUCGUAGGACAAGUGAUAAACGUACCAGUCGACGUACAAGAAAUGGUAAAAUGUUUGCUGCGACAAUUGGAUGAGGACGACGUUAUUCAUGUAAACAUUAAAAGAAACCUUGCCCACAAAUCUGUUUACAUUAGCGGAUACAUGUCCAAAAGUACAGUUCCUUCGUGGUUAACUGUUCUGCAGAACUCUCCAUUAUAUCGUUUGUACGAAAUCAAAGUGGACUUGUCGAGACUGAAUCUUGCUUUGCCAGACCUCGAUGACGUAGAGGAUGACCCGUCAAACCACAUAGAAAAUAUCUCCGCAGAACAGAACCCUGAAUCUGAGAUUCUCGCUUUAACAUCACAACAUAUCGUGAUGUGGAACUAA